CUUUUCUUCUGCAUUAACAUAAAUACCUCGCACCUACUCAUUAUACGACGAAGGAAACAAUAAAGAGAUUUUGCUGUUCAGCAAGUCAGUGCUUACUACAAGCGUAGCGUAGCGGCGGCACAGGCCGCCUCAGGGCGGCCAGAAUGGGCAAGAAACUAAAGAAGGGAAAGGCGGGUAAUGCGGCUCAAUACAUUACACGGACGCAAGCCGUCCGUAAGCUGCAGCUUCGGCUGUCAGAGUUCAGGCGACUCUGUAUCCUGAAGGGCGUCCACCCUAGGGAGCCCAAGAAAAAGCCUAAGGGCGCAAACAAGACAUACUACCAUGUAAAGGACAUCAACUGGCUGGCCCAUGAGCCACUGCUAAACACCUUCAGGAACCUGAAGACCUACGAUAAGAAGGUGCGGAAGGCGCGUGCCAAGCAGAAUGCGGACCUCGCCAAGCGGCUUAUGCAGCUGAAGCCUACAUACCGGCUCGAUCACCUGGUCAAGGAAAGGUACCCCUCCUUUGUGGACGCCCUUCGCGACCUGGAUGACGCACUCACCAUGGUGCACCUCUUUGCCACCCUGCCCGCGGAGAGCAAGUACGACAUCCCCACCAAGGCGGUCCACACGGCUCGCCGGCUGGCGCUGGAGUGGCAGGCGUACAUUGUCCGCAGCGGCGCGUUGCGGCGCGUGUUUGUGAGCGUCAAGGGCUACUACUUCCAGGCAGAGGUGCUGGGGCAGAGCGUCACCUGGCUCACACCGCACGCACUGUCGCAGGUUCUGCCGCCGGAUGUGGACUACAAGGUGAUGCUGACCUUCCUGGAGUUUUACAACACGCUGCUGCAGUUCGUCAACUUCAAGCUGUACCACAUGCUGGGGCUGCGCUACCCCCCGCUGCUGGACCCCCGGCUGGAGCAAGCGGCAGCUGAGCUGGCAGCCAUCAUGAAGGACAUUGCCGGCGUGCGCGACGUGGCGGAGGGAGACCGGAGGGCGCAGGACGCCGCUGCCAACGGCGGCAGCGCUGACGGCACCGACGCUGCUGCUGCGGAUGACCCCGAGAUGCGCGCCCGCAUUGAGAGCCUGCAGUCGCGGCUGCGGGAGAUUGUGGGUGCGGCCGGCGAGGGGGCUGAUGCUGCCGCUGAGGGCACGGCGAUGGUGGAGGGUGAGGACAAGGAGUCGGAGGAGCCGGACAGCGAGGCGGGUGACGAGGAGGACGAUGACGUUCCCAUUCUUGACUCUGGUGACGACGACGAGGACGAGGACGACGAUGAUGACGAGGACGAGGAGGAGGGGUUACCGCAGCAGCAGCGGCCUACGCCAGCUGCGUUGGACGCGGCUGCUCGCAGCGGCGGCAGGACGAGCACCUCGGCUGCAGCGCUGCUGGGCGAUGAUGACGACGAGGACCAUGACGAUGACGACGUCGACCAGGCUGGCCGCGUCGUUGCCGCCGGCGCAGACCAGGACGCUGGCUCACGUGCUGCUGGCGGCGCGCUGGGCCCCGGCAUCGACCCCUCGGACGAGUCCUGCGUGUGUCGCCACCUCUUCCGCGGCAUGGUGUUUUUCCUUGGCCGGGAGGUGCCCCGGGAGCCGCUGAUGCUGGUGGUGCGCGCCUUUGGGGGCGUGGCGGCGUGGGACGGAGAGGGCUCGCCAUACGAUGAGGCCAACGAGGCCAUCACGCACCAGGUUGUUGACCGGCCACGUCAGGGCCACCGCUUCCUCUCCCGGGAGUACGUGCAGCCGCAGUGGGUCUUUGACAGCGCCAACUUCCGGGUGCUCAUGUCGGCGGACCUGUACGCGCCGGGGCAGGUUCCGCCGCCGCACCUGUCGCCCUUUGUGGGGGAAGCGGACGAGGACGGGUACACGCCGGACUUUGCCAAGACCAUUCGGCGGUUACAGGACGCCGCGCACGCAGCUCGCCUCCGCGCCGCCGGUCUCACGCUCAAGGGAGCCGACGGCAGCGAGUUUGUGGGCGAGGGCGCCACCGGAGCCGACGGCGACGCCCCCGCCACUGCCGCUGAAGACCUGGAGGCCGCUGAGCGCGUCUACGCUGCCGAGCUCGCAAAGGAGGUACGGCAGUCGCGCAAGCGGCCUGCUUCCGAGGUGGCGGCUGGUAGCGAGGAUCCUGAGGAGGAGGAGCCGCAGCAGCAAGAAGGGGACGUGGACGCGGGCAGCGAGGAGGCGGCGGGCGAGGAGGCGGAUGAGUCGUCGGGCGAGGAGGAGGAAGAAGCGGAGCCGCCGCGAAAGAAGCAGGCGGCUGCGUCUGGCGUCAAGACCCGUGCGGCUGCAGCGGAGGACGAGGAGGCGGCCAUGGCUGACAUCAUGAUGACUCGCAAGACGCGCAAGAUGUACAACAACAUGAAGGCCAAGGAGGCGGCCCAGCGGGAGCGUGCGGAGGAGCUGGAGG